GUCUUACUGAUUGGUAUCGGCUGAUCUGUUUCUGUUUUAAAGGGAUGAAGUGAUUUUUAUGAAUACAAUUAACUCCAUUUAUCAGUUUUGACGAUAGAAACUGAACAGAGAAAGAAAACGUACUUUGAAUACUAUAUUGAAACGCUAAUUAAUAGAAAACUAUCUGAAUUGCUUGAAAAAAAUACGUUUAGCUGGAAAUUACGUUCAAGAAACACGACGUCAGAAAACAAUGCCAAAAUCUUUUCUCGUCAAUCGGAGUGAAAGGCUCAAAACUGCAGAAUUCCACGUGAGCAAGUCGACAGAAUCUCCACUGGAAACUUACAUCAAGAUGGCGAGUGUAACUGGACUUCCGGUCUACCAGACGUCAGAUUUGAAUUUACCGUACAGAUAUACGGCGGAUAUACUUUCCCCAUAUAUUAAUUCCGGGAGCAUGGCCCAUUGGCCUCUGAACAGUAUUUCUGUUAAUCAAUGGAAUUAUUAUAACUUUAUGACGUCAUUUACGUCGAUGUAUCAGCUGAAUAACGUACGAUACUCUCCAAAGUCACGAGACAGCGGGAUUUCAUCACCAAACAGUGUUGGAUCACUAGAUUUGUCCAUUGCCAAAACAGUUAAAGCAGAGUCACCGUCUCCAGUGAAAACCAAACCAAAGUUUGAUUUUGCCAAUUUAGCAAAGUCUGCUACGGAAGGCGAUGAAGAGUGCCACCAUGAUAGAAUGUCUUCAAACAAAGACGCACAAAUCUUCAGUCACAUGAUGAUAAAUGCAGGUUCUUUAAGAUAUAAUCCGUUAACAAGCAGCUUUCGUCCGGCUUCUAAACAACAAACGGAAACAUUAAAGCGCCCCAGAGGACGGGGACCAGCUAGGACAAAGAAAGAAUUUAUCUGUAAAUACUGUGGUCGUCAUUUUACGAAGAGUUACAAUCUACUCAUUCACGAACGCACACAUACGGACGAACGCCCAUAUAGCUGUGAGAUUUGUGGAAAAGCUUUCAGAAGACAGGAUCAUCUCAGAGACCACAGAUAUAUUCAUUCAAAAGAGAAGCCCUUUAAAUGUACAGAGUGUGGGAAGGGUUUCUGCCAAUCAAGAACUCUUGCCGUACACAAGACAUUACAUCAGAACAAUUCCGAUGGAGCAACCAUCUUGAAAGCAUCGCGUGCACCUAAAUUACCGAAAUCGUCAUCUGUGAUAGCUGGACCACAAGUUUUGAAUACGUCACCAAACCAGUUACAAAUAACGAACUGUUAGUGGAGGGAAACUUAACAUUACCAUAGACGUUUGUCUCAUCAAACACGAACUGAUUAUAAAAAGGAACAUUACUACAGACGGUUGUCGGAGUUGCUUUCAUCCUUACGUCUUGGACCAUAGUACUUUGAAUGGAAUUUUCAUUGCUUUAGUGUAAAUAAUGUACAGUAUUUAUUUUUGUAUAUUUUGCACCAAGAAACAGUAUUUCGUCAUUCCAGCGACCUAUACAUGGUACCUCAGCUGAUAAAUGUGCUAUUUUUAUACCCAUUCUUAUUUUUUGUUAUAUAUUUCAUUGAUAUUUUUUCAUAUACACCUGUAAAUAAUUAAAUAUAACUUUCGACUGCAUUACCGACGAUGUGCCAUUAUAGCUGCUUCUGUAUAAAGAAGUCAGCACUGUCUUUCUAUGUUAACAUGGAAGCUCCGAGAAAACAAGUUACGUCUGUAUUUUAUUAGCCCCUCUUUCGUGGCCACGAGAUAACUAUCCCUUUCAAACGUAACACUACUUCGUUCCCAUGAGAUACUAUCUCGUGGUCACUUUUAAGUUUUCUCGUGGCUACGAAACACUAUCUCGUUCCAAUGAGUUAGUGUCCGUUAGCGACGACGGCCCACGAGGUAAAGAAAACGCACACUUGUCACCUCUUAGCUUCCGUAGUUAAAAAUAAUUUAUAUUUUACCACAGUAUAUUACUUCGCCUGUCAAGCAAGAAUUUGGUAUCAAACAAAAAUACUAUUUUUAAAAAGAUAGAAGAUUUUUUUUCGUAUUUAUAACUGUUAUUUUCAAACUUUACAUUUUGAAUUGCUGUUUAACUUAAUUUAUAUCAGUGAGGUUGAAAACUGAUACAUGUUCAGGCACUUGUCAGGGUUUUAUUCUUUAUAUAAAAACAUCUUUAUGAAGUCUAAAAUACUGAACAUCGCACUUUUCACACAAUUUAGCCGGAAAUGUUAUAUCAAAAUUUCUACCAUUCACGUGAAGUUUACACCAUUCACGUGUAGAGGGUAAGCUGUAGUUUACAAUGUUCACGUUUGCAGACACGUAUAGUGGACAGUCAGAAAAUUUAAGUUAAACGUUUACACGCUUAUUUCUAGAAGUAGUUAGCGCACUAGUUAAUGUUGAAAUUUAAACCUCUCUGUUAACAUAGGUAACUGUUUUUUUCUUGUUUUUAAGUUUGAUUCUCGUUACUUUUAAAUUCAGACAGAAAAUGCGUAGUUAUAUAAUCAGGCUUGUAAUUGCGUUAAAGACUCAUAAAAAACACCGGGUCUCUUAAUAGCUGUGAAGUAACACUUAUUUUCUAUAAAAUGACAAUCCUCUUUUACAAUUUUAGAAACUUGACGAUCACUUUAAUUAUUCCUGUUUGUACCAGUGUUGAUUAUAAUGCAAAUUAAAAUGAGAUUACAUUA